AUGGAAAUUGAUAAAACGCAAGAAAUUAGUGACUGUCUGCAGAAAGCAAAAUCACAUCUUGUUAAAUACGGAACGUCAGCAGUGGAGUCUAGUCUCCGAGUACAAAUUGAACAAUUCGAUAAUGAGGAUUUUGUAACAUUUGAAGUUUUAAAACGAGUGAUUGAAUAUUUAAAUAAUAACACAUCGGAUGAUAAAUCAUCAUCAAAAACAUAUCUUCAUAAAUUAGUGAAAGGAAGUAAAAUACGGUUGACAAAACAAACACCAACAAUAACUAAAAAAGAUCCAAAAUGGUUAAAGUUGACAGAACAACUCAAAAAAAAGAUGGCAGAUGAAGAAUAUUCGAAAAUGGUAAAGAAUGUGGUUGGUAGACCCAGAGAUGAAAGAGAAGCUAUUAAUUCAUAUAAGGGUCAAUUAGGUGUUGGAUUGGAUUUAGUUGUUACAAUGGCUACAAUGUUCAUUCUCUUUUUCACAAUUUCUCAAUACAUAUUUGAAGGAGAAAACAAGACUCAAAACCAAAUGCUCUUUGGUCUCUUUGGUCUCAUUGUUGGCUUACUUAUUGAUGCUAUUCUUGUCAUUGUGAGAGGUGAGAAAUAUGAUAUUAUUGGAAAGCAACAACUUACACACAAGAAUAUUGCAACCAAUGCUUAUGGUAUUGAAACAGUUCCAUUGGAAAUUAGAAAGAAACUUGCCCAAGCCAGAACCCAAAAGAAAAAUGACUAA